CACGGGUGGCUGUUAGGUAUCGACCAAGUGUCAAAUCUUUGUCGUCACACUCACAUUGCCACAUUUUUUAAGGAACGCGCUAGUACUUUUACUUGUGCUCACGAUGGCAGCUGACAUGCAGAACAUUAAGGAGGGAUGGUUCACGGAAACCAGCCCGAUGUGGCCCGGACAAGCCACCAGCUUCCAAAUGGAGGAGGUCCUCUACCACAAGAAGUCCAAAUUUCAAGAUGUUAUGGUUUUCAAGAGCAAAACCUAUGGGAACGUCUUGGUGCUGGAUGGAGUGAUCCAGUGCACAGAGAGGGAUGAGUUUGCCUACCAAGAGAUGAUUGCCAACCUUCCCCUGUGCAGCCACCCUUGUCCCAAGAAGGUGCUGAUUAUUGGCGGUGGAGACGGUGGAGUCCUGAGGGAAGUGGUGAAGCAUCCGCUGGUGGAGUCAGUGGUGCAGUGUGAGAUCGAUGAGGAUGUCAUUAAUGUCUCGAAGAAGUUCCUGCCAGGGAUGGCCACAGGCUUUUUCAGUCCCAAGCUCACCCUCCACGUCGGAGACGGCUUCGAGUUUAUGAAGCAGAACCAGGAUGCCUUUGACAUCAUCAUAACCGAUUCCUCAGACCCUGUCGGCCCCGCUGAGAGCUUGUUCAAGGAGUCCUACUAUCAGCUGCUGAAGAACGCAUUGAGAAAGGAUGGAAUUAUUUGUUCCCAGGGAGAGAGUCUAUGGCUCCAUUUGGAGCUGAUAAAGGAGAUGCAAACCUUCUGCAAGACCCUAUUCCCUGUGGUGGACUACGCCUACAGUACCAUUCCAAGUUAUCCCAGUGGCCAAAUUGGAUUCAUGCUCUGCAGUACAAAUCCUGAAACAAAUUUCCGGGUGCCAUUGAAUGAACUGUCUAAAGAGGAGCGGGAAAACAUGAAACUUAAGUAUUACAACCCAGAAAUUCACAAAGCAUCAUUCGUCCUGCCUGAGUUCAUGAGAAAGGUUCUUUCUGAAGCAUGACCAGCAACAACAGACCACACUGUUCAUCCUCUACCUGGCCCUCAGACCACAGACGUACAACCUUGUUCUACGGCUUCUUCACCUCCUCAGUAAUCGGCACCGUUCAGCUCCAUCGAAGAGAGUAACCUCCGAAUGAUUUUAUGUGUGGAGGCAACUAAUUAUCGGUGGGUGGGAACGUGGAAAGUUCUGAUGUUUUCCUCCUUCCAGUCUUACACACUCUUGGUGUUUAUUUAUUUUUCUGAUGUAUUUGGUUUUUCAUUUUUAAUCUGUAAUUGUCUUUAUCAGCAUUUUGUGGAGAGCAAUUUAAUGGGUUAGGCUGCGUGGGAAGAGCAUGGCCCUCAAACCUGACCUCACUCUGAAACAAUGUACUGUUUAUUGGAUUCACUGCAUCUACACUUUGUGCAAUAUAUAUUACAUACCAUAUAGAGUAUGUAUAUGUAAUGUAUGGCUGCACUUUUAUUGGUAAUGUUUAAUUUCCGUUUGUGCUCAUAGGAAAAUACACAAUUGCCAUCUGUCAUGACUGUAUAUUCAGAAUAACAAUAUGUCCUCUACACGAACCCUAUAGUGCCUGAAAUUGGUUGUUCAUUGUUAAAAUAGAAAACUUGUUCUGUGUCUAUCAUAGUGUACCAGGCAGGUAGUUUCCAAGAUGAAAGCUUGAGUCUCAAGAGUUGACGAAAUUGUCCCUUUAAAAUAUCACCAAUCUUUGACCAUCAGGCUGAUAUGGAAUACUUUAAUCUCACUGUUACAAUUCGAAUUAUGUAAAAAUUAAGUAUGGCAUUGAAGCUUUGUGAUGCAGGAAAUGUCUUAAAGAUGCAAAUUCAUUAUGCAAUUAUAACUUGCAGUAUUGGGUAUUGACUAGCCUACUGGUAGUAAGCUUGUACUUUAAGCCUGUAUGCUCAGUCUUACUGCAGGAUGCUGUUAAUUUCUCAUAAUGGAAAUCUUAUGUUUCAGUGUGGUGUUUGUUUAGCUAACAUCAAACAUCUUAUGUUAUGAUCUAUUAGUUGUAAAUCCACAUUGAAUCUUUGUUGAGAAAUGGUGUCAUACCUGAGCAAUGAAAAUUUGUUUUGAUAAGAAUUAUGAACUGUAAUAAAUUGGUAACAUAAAAUGGUU